GUUAAAUCCACCACACAGGGUGAAGUCCAUCUCCAUGACAACUUUCACACAACAGGAAAUUGAAUUUCUGCAGAAACAUGGAAAUGAAGUCUGUAAACAGAUUUGGCUAGGAUUAUUUGAUGAUAGAUCUUCAGCAAUUCCAGACUUCAGGGAUCCACAAAAAGUGAAAGAGUUUCUGCAAGAAAAAUAUGAAAAGAAAAGAUGGUAUGUUCCACCAGAACAAGCCAAAGUAGUGGCAUCAGUUCAUGCAUCUAUUUCAGGGUCCUCUGCCAGUAGCACAAGCAGCACACCUGAGGUCAAACCUCUGAAAUCUCUGCUAGGAGAGUCGGCACCGGCACUGCACUUAAAUAAGGGCACACCUAGUCAGUCCCCUGUUGUAGGUCGCGCUCAGGUCCAGCAACAGGAGAAGAAGCAGUUUGACCUUUUGAGUGAUCUUGGCUCCGACAUCUUUGCUGCCCCAGCUCCUCAGUCAACAGCUACAGCCAAUUUUGCUAACUUUGCACAUUUCAACAGUCAUGCAGCUCAGAAUUCUGCAAAUGCAGAUUUUGCAAACUUUGAUGCAUUUGGACAGUCUAGUGGUUCGAGUAAUUUUGGAGGUUUCCCCACAGCAAGUCACUCACCUUUUCAACCCCAAACUACAGGUGGAAGUGCUGGAUCAGUAAAUGCUAAUUUUGCUCAUUUUGAUAACUUCCCCAAAUCCUCCAGUGCUGAUUUUGGAACCUUCAAUACUUCCCAGAGUCAUCCAGCAGUAUCAGCUGUUAGUAAAGUUUCAGCAAAUAAAAGUGGUCUACAGACAGCGGACAAAUAUGCAGCCCUUGCUAACUUAGACAAUAUCUUCAGUGCUGGGCAAGGUGGGGAUCAGGGGAGUGGCUUUGGGACCACAGGUAAACCUCCUGCUGCUUCUGUGGUUUCAGUCCCCGGUCAGCCAAGUGCAUCUUCAGACAAGUAUGCAGCCCUGGCCGAACUCGACAGUGUUUUCAGCUCAGCAGCCACCUCCAGUAAUGCAUACCCUUCCACCAGUAAUGCUAGCAGCAAUGUUUUUGGAACAGUACCAGUGGGUGCCUCUGCACAGACACAGCCUACUGCUUCAAGUGUGCCUGCUCCAUUUGGAGCUACGCCUUCCACAAAUCCAUUUGUUGCUGCUACUGGUCCUUCUGUGGCAUCUUCUACAAAUCCAUUUCAGACCAAUGCCAGAGGAGCAACGGCGGCUACCUUUGGCACUGCGUCCAUGAGCAUGCCCACGGGCUUCGGUACUCCUGCUCCCUAUAGUCUUCCCACCAGCUUUAGUGGCAGCUUCCAGCAGCCUGCCUUCCCAGCUCAAGCAGCUUUCCCCCAACAGACAGCUUUUUCUCAACAGCCCAAUGGUGCAAGUUUUGCAGCAUUUGGACAAACAAAGCCAGUGGUAACUCCUUUUGGUCAAGUUGCAGCUACUGGAGUAUCUAGUAAUCCUUUUAUGACUGGUGCACCAUCAGGACAGUUUCCAGCAGGAAGCUCCUCAACCAAUCCUUUCUUAUAGCCUUAUAUAGACACUUUACUGGAACGAACUCUUACGUGGUCACAUUACAUCUCUCCGCCUCUUGCACUGUUGUCUUGUUUCACUGAUCUUAGCUUUAAACACAAGAGAAGUCUUUAAAAAGCCUGCAUGGUGUAUUAAACACCAGGUAAUGUGUGCAAAACAGAGGGCUCCGGUAACAACUUUUAACCUGUGAAUUGGCAGAAAAAGGUAGCGCGGUAUCAUGUAUAUUAAAAAUUGGCUAAUAUUAAGUUAUUGCAGAUACCACAUUCAUUAUGCUGCAGUACUGUACAUAUUUUUCUUAGAAAUUAGCUAUUUGUGCAUAUCAGUAUUUGUAACUUUAACACAUUGUUAUGUGAGAAAUGUUACUGGGGAAAUAGAUCAGCCACUUUUAAGGUGCUGUCAUAUACCUUGGAAUGAAUGACCUAAAAUCAUUUUAACCAUUGCUACUGGAAAGCUACAAAGUCAGAAUUGGAAGGUUUUAUUCAUUCUUGAAUUUUUCCUUUCUAAAGAGCUCUUCUAUUUAUACAUGCCUAAAUUCUUUAAAAAUGUAGAGGGAUACCUGUCUGCAUAAUAAAGCUGAUCAUGUUUUGCUAGAGUUUGCAGGUGAAAAAAAUAAAUAUUAGAAAAUAUGCUAUUGUUUUUGUGUUUUUGCUGCAAUGCCUUUACCAAAGUGGCCUUAUAUAUGAGUAGUGAAUUGAGAACAUCUUGAAUUCUUAAAUCAGAAUAUCAGAAGACUUCCUAGUGACUAGCUUUUAUGUCUAAAAGAAAAUUUUAUAAAAAAAAGGCCAUGUAGAAAAUUUAUUAAAAGUACGAUGACUGCUAUAUUCAGGAACGUAUCAGUGGUAAAGCAUUUAAAUGUAGCUUGUCAGAUUCACCGUAAUUCUUCUAAUUGCUUUGCAACUUCUUAAUUUUGUGAAAAUUUGUAUAUAUGAAGAAUUUGCAUGUAUGUGUAUUUACAAAUUUUUUUAAGUAUCUUGAAUUCUCAGACUGAAAUGCAAAAGGCCUAUUUUAACUAUUGAUUUUUUAAAAAAUACUGUUUUUGAAUGUAUUGGAAGCAGACAUGGCGUUAACUGUGACAUGAUUGCACCUCAGAUUUUGGGGUCCCCCCCCCUUUUUUUUUUUUUGCAAACUGCUAUCAAUAGGACAUUUGCUCAUCUUUUUUGGGGACAGAAACUGGAAUGUUAACCAGAAUACCCAAUGUUGCUUUAAAGUUACAGAAUACUUUGUUUAAAAAGGUAGUGAUACUAAUGUUUAGUUAUAAUCUUUCUGUUAAUACUCAAAUGAACUUGUUCAAAUAUUUAUGUACAGCAGUGUCUUAUUCAUCCAGAGAUAACCUGGAAAUCUUAUCAGAGACACAGCUGAGAAGCUCAACUUGGAGUUUUAAAAAAAUGCCUCUGAGCAACCCACAUAAGUCACAUAGUCUGUACAUUACAGCUCAUGCAUUUGUUUCUAUAUGAGAUUUUAAUAAUUUUGAUUCUUUAAUUUCCUAGCUUAUAACAUAUCAGCCGUUCAGAGUGAUGGCUUGAAACAAGACUGAUAAGACUGAAUGAAGAGCAUACAUACUGUGUCCAAGACCAUUUAGUGUAGGAACAGCCAGGCUGACCCAAAGGAUGCCACUAUCAUGUCAGCUUCUGAUAAUUGUAUACUGUUAGGACUCUGUGUCAUCAAGAAAAGGUGAAAUUCAGAUCAACACACAUGAUGUACUACAUGUUUGAAAAUUUUUCUCUUAAGAUAAUUAAAAAAAAAAAAAAUAGCUUUGGUAUUAAAGAGGAGGUGGACAUCGAUUUCCUCAAAUAUAUUAUUCAUGUUGAAUACCUUUUCCAAUGGUGGCUACAUGAGUUGUGGUGAUAGUUAUAUUUUAAAAUCUGUAUAAUGUUCUAGACUUGUUUCACCGUUCCUGUCCAGUGCACAUCAAGCUGAAUAUAUUUGACAAGCAAGGCAACUGGCAAACCUUACUAUUCUGAGCGGUAUGCCUCUGCUCUUAGAAUUAAAUGAAUGCUGCGAAGGUCCAGAUGUGUGUUGCUGUAUAUUUGAAAUGUCUCUACAGUUUGGGAGAUUCCCUGCAGGCUCUUUUCCAUGGAGGGAAAACUUAAAAAAUGUCUUUGAAUUUCUGUUUUAGAUUGUAUUGGGUCCCAAUUAAUUAAUAUGUACAAAGUUAUACUAUAUAAUUGUAGGCCAUUACCAAAUUAC